CCACAUUAACACGGGUUUAUGUGAUGUGUAACGUACCCUGUACUAUUUAUAGAGCAUUUAAUGCUCGGAUCAACACCCCGUCAUACCGACAGAAGUCACAGUAACAUGGCGUGUCUUCACCAUCUUCUCGUCUCCUUGCUGGCUCUACUACAAGUUAAUGCUCAGAAUGAUUGUCAGCUAUUGGGGAGUGUUGUUUACGGAUAUCCAAUAAGUCAGAUAUGUUCUGGCGAAACUGCAACCGGCAGGAGCGUUCUGAUAGAUAUGUACGAUUCCAGUGACACCAACAUGUGUGGAUGCACGGCCGUGGUGAGCUCUCCAACAGGCAUCGCAUCUCUGUCUCUGGCGAAUUUCGAGAACCUUCAACCACCCUCAUCAUGUGGCUCCUCCAUUUCGAUCGAUGUCAUUUCCGGCGGAAGUAUCGUGGGACAGUGUAAUGCGGUGGGAGGAGAGGUGUCUGUAGCAGACGGUGACGUCAUCAUGAUCAAUCUAAACAGACCACCACAGACUGAUUCCAGAUACUGCCUGUUAUUGACAUUGGAUACUGUAUCGUCGGCGCUUUCAAUCACCUGUCCUAAAGCCACUAUAACUACAACAACGACAACUCCAAACCCCACAACAACUCCAAAACCAACCACAACAACUCCAAAACCAACCACAACAACUCCAAAACCAACCACAACCACUCCAAAACCAACCACAACAACUCCAAAACCAACCACAACAACUCCAAGACCAACCACAACAACUCCAAAACCAAACACAACAACUCCCAAACCAACCACAACAACUCCCAAACCAACCACAACAACUCCCAAACCAACCACAACAACUCUCAAAGCAACAACAACUCCCAAACCAACCACAACAACUCCAAAACCAACCACAACAACCCGAAAACCGACCACAACAACUCCAAAACCAACCACAACAACCCGAAAACCAACCACAGCAAUCCCAAAUCAAACUACAAAAACUCCAAAACCUAUCACAACAACCCCAAAGCUUACACCAACAACUGCAAAACCAACCACAGCAACCACCACAACACCCCCAAAAUCAACAUUGCGUACUCUUCGACCUCUCCCUACAACUGCUUCGCCAUCGCCCGUCCUCCCUACCACCAAGAUGACGACGACAACGACGACGACGACCCCCACCACCACUACAGCAACAAAACCAACGACAACCAUUCCACUGUCGUCUCCAUCAGAUAGCACUGGCGGUUCCGGUGAAGUUGUUGACGACUUUGAGAGAAACCAACACAACUUGAAAAUCAUCAUUCCUACUGUAACUGGGGCUUUCCUGUUGCUAGUUCUGCUGAUAAUUUGUUGUUCGUGUUGUACCAGAAACGAGAAGAAAAAGGCAGAGAAACAGGAACCGCUAAUGAGGCCCGAGGGCAAAUAUAACGUCAGAGGUUUAAACCGAUCUAAACACCCAGUCCAAGCUCAGUACAUUCGAGAUGAUGGGCAAUACAACCGCGGAAUGACGGAGAAUGUUUUAUACGACAAUUCCGAGGACAUUCCCAGGGACUCGGGUACCGUCCUGGUGAAAAGUGAUCCGGAAAUAAUCACCAGUUUUGCUUCGUUAGAAAGACUUUACUCCGCAGGGAAAGGUACCCCUGAUCAACAACAUCAGGCAGAGGAAAGCCCCGUCGCCAUGGCAGAGGAACUGGAAGUUCCCGAUACAAACGAGCCGAAUGUGGAUGUGGGAAACAUCGACAACAACACAACUGUAAUAAUUGAACGAGACUCCACUGCGGGGGUCGGAACUACGUCAUACUAUAGUGAAAGCACAUUUGAUAGUUUGCGUAGUUCACAAAGUGCGGCAGAUCGGGAUGAACAUAUUGCGAUUGACCAGGAAACACCAUUGUACGCAAUUGUGAACAAAAGACCUUCUGACAAGCAUAUAACGUAUCUGAAGGUAUGAAAUGACUAUCAGCCAAAAGUUUCUAGGCUAGAAGAGAACAUCUUAUAUAUCACUACACUUCAAGCAGUGCUCCGUGUAAUAGGAUUACAUUUUACUACUGAACUCCAUUCCAUGAACCGUGUAUAUGAUUAUAAAUCACUACAUUCCUUACCGUGUUCUGUGCCAUAAACUUAUAGUUUUCUGUUGCUGCACUCUUUACCAUGAUCCAUGUCAUUUGAUUAUGUAUCGUACCUCCUUAUGCCGUGAUCUGAGUGUCAUAGGAUUAAAUUCUUCUAACGCUGCACUCUUUACCAUGAUCAAUGCCAUAACAUUAUGUAUGGCACUCUAUUAAAUUCCUCUAACGCUGCACUCUUUACCAUGAUCCAUGCCAUAACAUUAUGUAUGGCACCUCUAUUUAAUUCUUCUAACGCUGCACUCUUUGCCGUCAUCAGUAUCAUCAGAUUAUAUAUCACUGCAAUUUAUAUCGUGAUCCAUGUCAUGAUAAUAUAUAUUGCUUUACCUAAUAUCGUGAUAGGUAUGUCAAAAACAUUAAGUCUUCUACCGCUGAACUCCAUGCCGUGAUCCUUAAGAUACAUAUAACUGAAAAGUGCACCGUGUCAUGUUAUUAAAUAUCAACACUCAGGCUGCGUAAAGAGUAUUAUACUGUCAAUAUUCGGAUUUCUGUUGUAUGAAGAAUGAAAAUGAAAUAAACGCAAUGAUGUCCUAUCUGUA